GGAAAUUGCAUAAGACAGUGGCCUGGUCCCGGGGUCUGUUGUGGGGAGGCUGGGAAGUAGAAGAACGCUCUGGCCUCCUCCAGCAUGUCGGCCAAGAGGGCAGAGCUGAAGACAACAGACCUGAGCAAGAACUACAAGGAAGUCUGCCUAGAAUUGAAGCCAGAGCCGACCAAAAUAUAUGAAUGCAAAGGAUUUCAACAAGAAAGGUCUUCUUCCAAAACAAGGGGGACGCAGGAGCUCAAGAAUGAACUCAGGGAGGUGAGGGAAGAGCUCAACGAAAAAAUGGAGGAGAUAAAACAGAUCAAGGAUAUAAUGGACAAGGAUUUUAAUAAGCUUCAUGAAUUUGUGGAAAUUAUGAAGGAGAUGCAGAAAGAUAUGGAUGAGAAGAUGGAGAUUUUAAUGAACAUACAAAAGAACAACAAGCUUCCCCUUAGAAGAGGACCGAAGGAGCAGCCGGAACUCAGGCUGAUGGGAAAGACGGACACAGACCCCCAGCUCAGGCCCAAGAAGAUGAGCGGAGCUGAUGGAGCGCUCUUUGCUCUUCACAAGAAGACGACAGUGCCACAAAAACCAAAACAGGACUCCCUGGAUUCCCUUCACCGAUGUGGGACCUGCUGUGAGAAAUGUUUGUUGUGUGCCCUAAAGAACAGCUACAAUCAGGGGAAGCUUUCACGCCAGGUCUGGGCACCAUUUUCAUCCUUGUCUUCUGGAGCUGCCUUCUGAUUUACCUGUACCUCAACCUUGGUGACAUCGAGUAUGUGCUUCCAACAUAGUAUGGCCAUGGAACCCACAAGCAGCUCUGAUCCAUUCAAUCCCCACCCCCAAGCUUCACCGUAAGGGCUUG